CAUAAAACCUGCUGCAAGUUACUUGAUCCCACUUGAUUUACAGUCCUCGUUUAUUUAAAUAACUAUAUACCCGAGUUCUAACAGUAGCUGUCAAAUCACGAGUUACGAGUCACGUGUCUGAAUCGCGAGCCGCGAUAUUUUUAUAAUUUAAGUUCCAGUGGUGAUUUCUUCAAAAUCUAGUCAUGGACUUGGCAGAAGUAAUUAGCAGUAAAUUCAGUGAAGAAAAUUUUAAAAAUAUUUUGAGCAAAGCGACAAAUAACGUCAAUGUUUCUUUGACUGGAUGGAAAUUCGAAGCCGGAUCAGCUAAAGGCGACAACUACCUUUCAGUUGUGCAUCGCGUGCAGAUAGACGGUCUGGCUGACGGUAAAAAAAUCCAGACGAAAGUCAUCAUCAAAACAUUGCCACGUAAUGUGGCCACACGUAAAACUUUUCGUAGCGCCGAGUUUUUUGAAAACGAAAUAAAUUUCUACAGCAAGGUUAUUCCUUUGAUGAAAGAAUUUCUGGAGUCUAAGAAUCUGAAGCACUUGCUGCCAGUUCCCCAGUGCUGGGAUUUUUAUUUCGAUGGCGACAAUGACUUCAUUGUUCUGGAAGAUAUCACGACCCGAGGAUAUGGACACGUUGCCAGACAAGAUCCAUGGAAGCCUCAAGAUAUCCAGGUGAUUUUAAAAACCCUCGGACAAUUUCAUGGAAUAUCAUUCGCGUUAAAGGAUCAGUGUCCUGAUGUUUUUGCUAAGAUACCCAAAAUUCUCAAAGAAUGUUUCUAUGGAACUGAGGAACAUUGGGCGUGGUACGAAGAGUACUAUACUGAGACAGUGAAUGUUGCCAAAGACGCAGUGUCUAAAGAGUACCCAGGAACGGAGGAAGAAAAAAAAUUUACUGCAAUACCCCCGCGUUAUUACUUUGAAAAAGCCAUGGAAAUUUCCAGACAAACUGAAGCUCCGACGUCGGUCGUUACUCAGGGCGACUCUUGGGCAGCGAAUUUCAUGCUACGACUUGAUUCCAAAGACCCCAAGGACCCACCGGCUAUUUUGCUGGACUUUCAAUUAGCAAGAUGUUCUAGUCCAGUUACAGAUAUCGCGUAUUUUUUGUACACUAGUACCGAUAAACAAACUCGUGAUAAUCAAUUUCAAGAACUUCUCAAGUUUUAUCACAGAAAUCUAAUCGAUACAAUUUUAUCUCUGGGUUCUAAAGCUGAUUUGUAUCCUUGGGAUUUAUUUUUACAAGAGGUCAAGGAAAAAUUUGUCCUUGGAUUUGGAUUUUCAAUAGAAGCUUUGCCAGUGAUGACAAUGGACGCAUCAGAAGCAUUCGAUAUCGAAGACAUUGAAGGCACUGACGCCAUAAGUAUUUCAAAAGUUUGGAAAGUUAAGCCGAUAACGUGCGAAAAACAACGUAAGCGCGUUGCUGACGCUAUGGUUCAUGCGCUUCAUCAAGGAUUUAUUUAAUAACUAAUUAAUUAAUUAUCAAUUAGCAAAUGCUAAAAAUUACAUUUUACUUGA